GGCUAUCCGAAAUCAACACAAUGGAUUCGGCGGGGGAUUGGUGUUUGAUCGAAAGCGAUCCUGGAGUUUUUACAGAACUCAUAAAAAAAUUUGGUGUAACAGGAGCACAGGUGGAAGAAAUGUGGACAAUCGAUGAUGGAAUAUUUGAAAAUUUGCGACCAGUUCAUGGACUCAUUUUCCUUUUUAAAUAUGUUCAACAUGAAGAACCUACUAAUCCUGUUGUGACCGAUGAUCGUCUUCAAAAAAUUUUCUUCGCAAAACAGGUAAUUAAUAAUGCUUGUGCCACACAAGCAGUAAUUAGUUUAUUAUUAAACUGCAACCAUCCUGAUAUUCACUUAGGUCCAGAACUGACUAUGUUGAAAGAAUUUAGUAUGUCAUUUGAUCCUAAAAUGCGUGGGCUUACGCUCAGUAAUUCACAAACAAUACGUGCAUCCCAUAAUUCUAUGGCCCAACAGACUUUUUUUGAGUUUGACAGUAAAACUCCAAAAACAAAGGAAGAAGAUGCAUACCACUUCAUUGGCUACAUACCAAUAGAUGGUCGUUUAUAUGAAUUGGAUGGACUACGGGAUGGCCCUAUUGAUCAUGGUCCUGUAGGUCCAGAUCAGGACUGGCUGGAUGUUGUACGCCCAAUUAUAUUGAAAAGAAUCAACACCUACACUGAGGGAGAAAUCCAUUUUAAUCUUAUGGCAUUGGUAUCUAACCGAAAGAUGAUAUAUGAACGUCAGAUAGAUGAGUUAAUAACUGAAAAUCAUAUGCUUGGUAUGGAUUCUGGAGAUAUUGAAAAUGAAGUGAGAAGACUAAAGAUGCUAAUUGAGUAUGAAGAUAUAAAAAUGCACAAAUACCAGCAGGAGAUGAUACGACGCCGACACAACUACAUGCCAUUUAUAAUAACAUUACUAACAAUAUUGGCAGAGGAUAAACAGCUUGUGCCUUUAAUUGAAAAGACUAAAGAGCGCAUGGCUAAGAAGGGCCAGAAGAAGAGAGUAUAACAUGAGAAAAGGGCGGGUGCAGCGCCCGCCCGCGAGCGCCCGGCUCGCUCUUCCUCACAGUCGAGCCCCUCGCGGGUUUUGCCCGACUCUGAGAAUAUGUACACUCUCGCCGACCUUGAUGCCAUAUUCACUGAACCCCAGGCUUCAGGUGUUCCACGUGCACAACCAGAAUUGACCACCUCCAAUGGUUCCACUCAACAAAACAUUGAUUUGGCUCUUAUGGAGCCAGAUGAAAUUCUAAAAGACGUCAUUUUGCCUCCCUCUUUUGACCGAAACAAUAUUUUUGAUGUUCAAAGUAUGGUUGACGACAAUUUUCUUGAAGUGGACGAGAUAGCGCGGGACGAUCUGCUUGCUGCUGAUGAAUUUGAUGUCAGCAAAUUUUUUAAUUUACCAGACAAUAAGCCUAGAACCAAUAAGGACCCUGAUAAUUAAUGUUUUGCAUUUCAAUAUUUCUUUGCUCUUUAAUUUUUCUGUAAUGAAUAAGCACAUAUUAAAUUUAAAGUGUCUUGUUCUGUGGUCAUAUAGAGGGAAAAAAAUAAAUUAACAUAAAAUUCAUAGAUAACUUUGAUCAAUGUAAUAAUUUGUGAUAUGCCAAAACCUGUAAGCAUUGCACACUACAAUAAAAGAAAAGAAAAUUUAAAAUUAAAAACAAGUCUUGUU